AUGAGAACCCGCCAAGUACAUUCGUCAGCGAAUCCAGACAAGAGUCAAGCACCAAUUUUCAACGAUGAGUUUGCCCUCAGUCUCCCCUCCAUAGCAGCGCCAGACGCGAAAGGAGGUGUCGAAGAGCUCCACGCUCACCAUGUCGAAUUUCUCGGCGAUCCUAACACCGCAAUCGUGCCUGUCAAAACCGAGUCUACAAGAAAACGUCUAGAGCCUCGCAAAGUUACUCUCGGCGACGCCGAAAGGCUGCUAUCAGCAUAUCAGAAGAAGGCGUCUUUCUUCCCAUUCGUAAAUGUACCUUCAGAUGCCACCGUGCCACAUCUCUCUAAGAAAUCACCUUUCCUGCUGUUGGCUAUUCUGAAUAGUGCGGCUAUCAAUGAUCCGCAUUUAUAUCAUCAAAUGGAACAUGAGUUCAAGAGGGUGUUAAGCGGAAAGAUUAUUGUCGAGGGAAAGAAGAGUCUUGACUUUUUGCAAGGAUUGUUGGUUUACAUUGCCUGGUAUCCAGUCCACACCAAUCCCAAGAACAACCAGUCUUUCAUGUAUAUGAAUCUAGCCAUAAGUCUUGUCACAGACCUCGGCCUCGAUCGCGAAACGCCCAACCCAUCAGCCUUCAGCGACUUCGACCUGACUGGUCUUUACACAAAAGAAGGCGGAUACAGCAUAGCUGCUAAGCAAGCGUACUUGGGAACAUACUAUCUCUCCUCAGCGCUAUCCCUGGGCUUUCAAAAACCAAACAACUUCCAAUACAGAAACCUCAUGGACGAUCACGGACGUGCGCUUCUCCGCUCUUCCCCGUCCUGCGAUUUCUUCGCUCUUGUCCAGCUCCAACACUUGCGCGAACGAAUUGCCAAGAUCCACUUAAGCAAGACCCCAGCAGCUGAUUACAAAAUGGAAGCUAUAAACGCCGAGAUGAACAUCCAGAUAUUCUUGAAUGAAUUACAAGAUUGGAGUGAAAGCGUUAGCGAGGAUAUUCGAAAUCUCCCCAACAUCAAACUCUCCAACCUCUUCGUCCUCGUCUGCAUCUACAGCUACGAACUCGGUUUCCUCCGCAAACCCUACAAAACGCACCUCCUCCCGCACUCCCCCUACAAAUCCCUCAUUACCACCUCGCACCUCCCAAAGUGUCUCGACAGCCUCAAACGCUUCUUCGAAUUCCUGCUCUCCAUCCCCGAGGAAGGAUAUCUGGCCUUCACAACCGUGGAGUGGGGGCAGGUCAUUAACGCCAUCGUGGUGAUCAGUCGUCUUACGUUUUUGAUGGCUGAUGAGAUGGGUUGGGAUGCGAGCAGGACGAGGACGGAGGUGCCGCUGGUGAUGUAUUUGGAUUGUUUGAGUUUUAGGUUUGGGAGUUUGAGCAGAACGAAAGACGAAGACGAUCAAAAGAUCCCGGAUAACCCGGAUGUUCUGUAUGUUUUUAAACUCAUGAUCGGAUCGGUCAAGAAAUCGUAUGAGAGGAGAGUCUCGGGGAUUCGUCCUGGUUCAUUUACAGUCUCCCCGUCAGGCAACGCAACCGGUCCCACAAAGGGCCAAUGUCCGAUCCUCGACCCUAGUCUCAAACUCGCUUUCUCAGCCCUCAACACCGAUAACACAUACAUAUCCUUCGACCAGAGCAAUUUAACCUCUUACCCCGCCCCUGAUAGCGAAUUAAUGGGCUUUGCCGGGGAUAAUAUGAUGGAGAAUAGUUAUGGGGGGUGGGAGGGGAGUGGUAGUGGUAGUGGAAGUGGGAGUGGAAAUGGAUUAGGGUAUGAGGGAAUGGGAAUGGGUGGACAGAUUGGGGUAUAUCAUAAUGUUUGGGCUACGAUGACGUGUUCUUGGGCGGAGGACUUUUAUGAGGGGGUAUAA